UUAUAAGCAGAAAGCGAGCGCUAGAGAUCCUUUUGAGCAGCAAAGAAGAAGAAGAGAAGAAAUGUUAGCAAUACAGAAAGCAAUCAGGAGAGUCCAUACAAGCCUGGAUGCUCCACGCCUCACGAGAUUCACUCUUCAAGCACCCAAGAAUGUAGAGGUGGAAUAUGCUAAUGGUAGCAAGUUUAAUCUGUCAGCUGAGUUCUUGAGAAUACAUAGUCCAGCUGUUGAUGGAAAAGUUAGGUCAGUUGGGGGUGAGAAGGUGAUAGUUGGGCGACGCCAUGUUGGCAUCAUGUCUGCUGAACCUGUAGGAAACUAUGGGGUAAGGAUGAUUUUCGAUGAUUUGCAUAAAACUGGAAUAUACACAUGGGAUUAUUUCUACCAUCUUGGCAGCAACAAGUUUACGCUGAUGAGAAAUUACAUCAAAACACUAAAGAAGCAUGGCCUCAGCCGGGAUCCACCUAGAAGAAAAUGAUGGUGGCUUUAGUUGAUCAUCCUUGCUGGUUUCAUAACCGGUGCUCCACGGUGAGAAAUGAGCAGGAAGGGGACUCAAACUUGAUCAAAGAUUUCCUUUAUCUCACUGAAACUGUAAAGUUCAAAUAUUACACCAGAUUUCAUAGCAGCAGGUCAAACAAUUGCAAAUGUUGUUUACAUGCUAUCAAUUUAGGUUUAGAAACAUGAAUGAUUUUAUUUUGUUUGUGUAACACCCACAAGAUACUUUUGAGAUUUAACACAAUUUCCCAUUGAACACCCUAAGUCGUGUAGGUCAGAAGCCCUUUUCCACUCUGUCCCACGCUUUGCUUGAUAGGUUCAAUAGGACAUCAAUAAUUUCUGUUUAGAAUUUUGCAAAGAAACAUCAAUGCCAUUAACUUUGGACUUUCCUUUU